UUAUUCCAGUGUGUUGCAAGUUUGGUUUGAAAUCAGAUCAACUUGUUGGCUUUGUCUACGAAAAUGAUGGCACAGAAGUUGAUGGAGUUGAUUUUGAAAUAAUAAAACAAUUAGCAGAAUCAAACACAAUUCUCAUUCUACUCAUAGAUGGUCAGCAGUGGACUAAUGCUAUUUCGACAAAAUCAAAUUCACCAUUAGAGUUGCCUUCGUUGCAGCCAAAUCAAACUACAUUAACUUCCAGUAUUACGCUCUCAGAAUCUAGUGUUUCUGUUAACAACAGCCAUAUAAUGAAAGGUGCAAAUGAGGCAUUUGUUUCAGCUAAUUCGAUUAAAGCCUUUUUUGCACAACACCCUAGUACUUGUCAAUAUACUGAAGAGAUCGAAUCUGGUAAAGUUUCAAUCUCUACUAGACAGCACAUCAUUCGAGUUGUUAUGCACAAAAUGAUGAGUGUGUAUGGUAAUUAUUCUGAUCGAUAUCAAAAGAUUUUAGUGGCAGCAGUGCUAAGUGAGGCACUGGUACUUCCAGCAUGCAUUUUUUAUGAUUCUACUAAUUAUCAUGGCUUCCUGGAGAGAGGAUUGGAAAAUGCUAGAAGAAAGUUACCUGGAUCAGAAAAAAAGUUUGUUUGGUCUCGUAAAAGGGGACCCGACUCAACUUGUUGUGAUACAACUCAACUUGCAGGUGCUGAACUAUCUCAGCCAGUGGAUCAUGCAGUAGAACCUGAAGGGUGUCCCCGUGGUUUCAUGUUUUGCGCAUUAUGUUUAGGAAUGAGCAACCUCGAUGAAAUUGAAAAGCUUGAUUCACUAUCUUCUACACGUGUAGAAGAAGUUAAGACUUCUACAAAGUCAACGUUUUGUUUUUGGCAGAAUUGGGUUCAUUCAACAAAUCAACCUUCAUUAUCCCGACUGAUGGUUAAAUUUCCAAAGUUCAGGAUUAUUCCAGAGCUGAUUGAUAUGGAAUUUCAAUUAAAAUAUUUAGACUGCAUGGUUGAUAUCCUCAAAACCUUUAAUCAGACUGUUGCAGACCCAGUAUUAAAAUAUGCUUCACUGUCAAAUAGCGAUUACAUCAAAGCUCUAGCUAUAAUGGCAUCUAAAAAGCAUCAUGAUUGGAAAGCUUAUUAUGCAUGCAAGCUUUUGUGCUCGCUUCUGCGACAAGGGGGAAACAGAAACGUUCUGCUCCAGAAGUAGCCAGGGAAAUCAUUUGGAUAUGCAGUGCUGAGCACGGACUGCAAGAUGUUGCAGAAAAGUUAGAGUCCCCUUAUCCGGUAAUAUCAAUACAGGGGAUUGAGGGUUAAAAAAUUCUCUCUAUAAAGAUUGCAUUUGAAAAAACUUUGAUUGAAGCCGGUACAUUUAUCGUAGAAGGCAUCGAUCGUUUAUUCAAGAUUUUUUGAUGCUUUAACAUUGAAUACCAGCCAUCAACAAUCAUGUUCUGGCAGUUUAUGCAAGAUAUUUAUGGGCUGCAGUAUGGUUCGUUGCCUAAUGGAGUGGUUGAGAGGCUCAACCACUCCAUUA